AUGGGUUGCAAGCUCGCGAAACUAGCGGCUUCAGAGCUGAACCAUGACCCGUUCGACCGGCCACCGCCUCCGUCGGACCCUAGGUGUCCCCUGACCACGAAGCAACAGUAUUGUAUGCUGGCGUCUUGGAAGGGGAUAUACAGACAGAUCGAGAAGACUGGGAUCAUAUUGUUUGUCAAACUCUUUGAAGAAAACAAGGACCUCCUAGCCCUCUUCACAAAAUUCAGCGAGCUGCACACAGCAGAACAUCAGUUCAGUUCAACAGAGCUAGCUGAACACGCUACGAAGGUCAUGCACACCCUGGACGAGGGCAUCAAGAGUUUACGGGACGUCGAUGGCUUCCUGGUGUACGUGCAGCAUGUGGGGGCCACGCAUCAUCAGAUAGAUGGGUUCGAAGCCAGCAAUUUUUGGAAAGUGGAGCAGCCGUUCUUAGAGGCAGCUAAAAUCACGCUUGGAGACCGCUACACACCCAACAUUGAGAAUAUAUACAAGCUGACCAUCCGGUUCAUACUGGAGAACCUAGUUAAAGGCUAUGAGGACGCCGCCCCUGGCCGCGGUCAGAACACAAACGGGGACGGUCAGAACACAAGCGGGGACGGUCAGAACGCUGGCGCGAGUUAG